AUGGUGAAAAAGGACUUCAAGAAGGAAUCCGGUUAUGAAGCUUUGGCUAAAAAGGUCUACCAGAAGGCCAAAUCUGCUAAGGCCAAGAACCUGACAGCAAAUAUUACUCUUGCCAGAAUGACAUUCCAAGCUGGAAAAGGCAAGCCUCCAGUUCCAGCGAUUGAGAACACCAAAAUCAAAAUGGUUAAAAAGGGUCCAAUCAAGGAAAAAGUUGUUGUGCUGGCUACAGAAGGUAAUGCAAAGAAGAAGACCUUUGUGUUUGGUCUGCGUUUUGAAAAAGAGGAUGAGGCCAAAGAAUUCUAUGACAUUGCAAAUUUGAAGGGUGUUAGGGCAAAAGAAGAGGAGGUUGUUUCAGCCCCAGCUCCAGAGAGUCGAGAAUCUCUUCGUUCUCCCGUAUCACCACCACCACCUCUUACACCAAGCACACGGAGUCCUUCAAGAGCCAAUUCCAUUACUCGUUCCAUGAAUGAAAAAAGGAUAGUAAAAUCUCGUCAAUCAUCCACAUCAUCUCAUCCUGCAUUUAAGCAACGUAGGAAUUCUAGUCUCAGGUCUAUUUCAUCAAGAAGUUCAAUGAGCAACUUACAAUCUGCUGCACCUUUGCCACGAUCUCGCGUGAGUCCAAGUCCAUCACCAGUUAUGACUCCUGCAACGAGGUCACCAAUGAGACCAAUUAGCCAGACGAAUACAGCUGUUAAAUCAAAUCGCCACUCCUCGUCUUCAUCUUCAUCAUCCUCUUCCUCCUCUUCUUCAUAUUCAAAGAGACAGAAGAGUGCCCCACCGAAACAGAUCAAUCCAGCCUACCAAGAGUACUACCAAAAUACUCGUACUUCUUACAUUUCUACCGAACCAAGUGAUCCCACGUCCAUGAAUGGAAACUUACAUCAUAGAAGACGACCUCAGGCUCCACGGUCAGCAUUAAGCCGAAAUGGGAAGCCGUCAAACGACUCUGUGGGUGGGAAUCACAAAUCAAGGAAGAGUGCCGAAUCAAUGAGAAUUUUGCAGAUUUCGCCUGAAAAGAAUCUAAACCGAUCCGAAUCAGGACGAAUUUUUUAUUACACUUCUCGUCUUGCUAGUUCAAGCAGCUCAAGUAGUCGAUCAAGUAGUUCAUCAUCUAGCAGCUCAAGCGGGAGCAUUGCUACAAAAUGGCUGCGUAAUCCUUCUUCUCCGAGUAACAAACAGAGUCGCGCCUCUAGCUACAAGGUUCGUUCUGGACAAGGUGACUAUGUGCAGUUCACCCCGAGGGAUUAUAAGGCUGUAAUAAAGCCUAGAGCGCGCCAUUCUUCAAGUUCAAGCUCUUCAUCCAGGUCAUCCUCGUCAAGUUCAAGCUCAAGGUCGCCAAGACCUACCAGUAAAUGGAGGAUUCAGAAAAUAGUAUCGCCUAGAUCCUCAUCCAGCAGUUCGUCCAGCUCUUCCGAUUCUUCCAUCUCCGGUAUGGGUACGUACCGCCAAUCACAUCAAAGAAAACGCUCUAAACAACGUCACACCACCCGCACCAUUACCCCACGAUAG